AAAAAGAAAAGAAGAAAAGAAAAAAAAAAUCGCCUUUGCUGCGACUUGGGAGUCGUUCAGAAGUAGCUCUCCGGUGGAACCGCCGCGGUGCUAUGGAGCUAUGGUUCCUGAAUGCAGGGAUUUACCCAGGGGCCGAAUUUUCUUUACACCGUGUGAAGACAAACACCGUAACUUUCCACUGGUGUCAACUGGGAGUUGGUGGCUCAGCACAGCUAAGGGCUAACCUGGGACCUCACGAUGAGGUGAACCUCAGCGUUAACCUGGGACACUUAUUUCAAGACCAGCAUUCAGAAUGGCAGGCUUGUCCACUUUAAUCCUCCUUUUGUGUGCUGCUAAAGAUGUGAUGCCCUCCAAUUCUCACUGGAAGCCAACUUGGCCGUCUUACAGAGUCCCAGUUAUCCUGCCACGGUCUACCCUUAACUUGGACAAACCACAGUUUGAUGCUGAAGCCAGACUGGAAGUGGUAUCUCCCUGUGGCCCAGAGUGCCACAAAAGUUCUCCGCUGCCAACUUAUGAAGAAGUGAAGAACUACCUGUCCUAUGAAACCUUGUACGCUAAUGGUAGCCUCACUGAAACUGAAGUGGGCAUAUAUAUUCUGAGCAACAGCGGUGAUGGGUCUCAAGGCAAAUCUCGAACUAAGAGGCAGAUCUAUGGCUAUGACAGUAGGUUUAGCAUUUUUGGGAAGGACUUCUUGAUGAAUUACCCAUUCUCCACAUCGGUGAAGCUAUCUACAGGUUGCACGGGGACGUUAGUGGCUGAAAAGCACGUUCUUACUGCUGCUCAUUGUAUCCAUGAUGGCAAGAGCUACGUCAAAGGAGCUCAGAAACUGCGGGUGGGGUUCCUAAAGCCCAAACUGAAAGAUGGCAGCAAAGGGGCCAAUAUCACCAACUCAGCAAUGCCUGAGAAAAUGAAAUUCCAGUGGAUCCGAGUGAAACGGACACAUGUCCCCAAAGGGUGGAUCAAAGGCAAUGCCAAUGACAUUGGCAUGGAUUAUGACUAUGCUCUGCUGGAGCUCAAGAAGCCCCAUAAAAGAAAGUUUAUGAAGAUAGGUGUGAGCCCACCAGCGAGACACUUGCCUGGAGGGAGGAUUCACUUCUCUGGUUACGACAACGACCGACCAGGAAACCUGGUUUACCGUUUCUGUGACGUCAAGGAUGAAACGUAUGACCUGUUGUACCAGCAGUGCGACGCCCAGCCGGGUGCGAGCGGGUCCGGGGUGUACGUCAGGAUGUGGAAGAGGCAGAAUCACAAAUGGGAGCGUAAAAUUAUUGGAAUCUUUUCAGGCCAUCAGUGGGUGGACAUGAAUGGCACCCCCCAGGAUUUCAAUGUAGCUGUUCGCAUCACCCCCCUCAAAUACGCACAGAUCUGUUACUGGAUCAAAGGCAACUACCUUGACUGCAGGGAAGGAUAAAGACAAUGACACUCCUUGAAAGCACUUAAUGACUGGUUUUAAUUACUCAUCUGAGGAAAGGCUAGACUUCUGCUGCAAAUGUGUAUGAUACGAGCUUGUAACAUCGGGAUGUAAUAUAGAGCUUUCCCAGCAAGCCACCUUGUUCUCAGGACAGGGGCUGUGUGGUGCUGUCAUGACAGCUCGAAACUGGGGAGAAAGGAGCGUCUGCUGGGUGGGGAAGGAGCAGGUGGGACUUGCUGAAUUUGCAGCCGAGCAACUGAAGAUUAAUUAGGGGCGGAUCAGUAAACAGUACGAAAUCAGAACCGUCUCCAAAGAAUCUUACAAAAGGGACGCUGUUGACUAUCUCAUGCCUACGAUGUUUGUUUUAAUAAAUCCUAGGAUUAGUAGAAAUGCUUUGAUGUGAACUUUUAAAAGAAAAUAUUUCUAUGCUGUUGGGGGCUGAAGAGGGGCAUUUAAUGGUGUUUGCAACCCAAACAUUACAGCUUUGUGUUCCUGCAUGAAAAAGGGAGUGUGAAAAGGGCAAGGCAUGCGCUGUGGGAGAUGAAUGCCACACAAAUAGCGUGAAGGGUCAAUAACUGCAUAACACUUCUAACCUUCCUUCGGUCUGGGUGAUUUGAGAUUUUACUAGUAACAUAGUUAAGCAAAAUGCUUUUUGAGCAAACAGACCUUGACGUUGCAAGGACUUGACUGUGAAGAUGAUGCUGGUCAUACGAGCAGCGCCGUUGCAUCCCGCUUUGGGAAACAAAACACGUGGGCUUAAAUCUUCAUAGCAGCUGGGGCACAGCCUUACACCUAGCAGGAUCCCUAUGGAUAUACUGUUUUAGAAUGUGUAUGGGGACAGAGGCUUCUUUUCUCUUAUGACCUACUUAGGUCUUUUAAGGAAAAUCUCAUGUCAGCAGCACAGAUUUUCAGAGGGGAAGCCUCUCUUGGGCCUUGCUGGCCAGCUGAAUUGCUGCCUGCAAAGCAGGUAAAGGGGAGAGCAGGACAAGGAUUCAACUGGCUUUCCCCCCUUUUUGUUGAAGAUCCAUGCUUUUCUACCUAAAAAUACACCAGGUUGAGGGAACCUAAGUUAAUAAGUGUCUCUCUGUCGCAUCCCUUUGACAGUGUAAUUUGUACAGCAUCUUGACUUCUGUUUCUUGCGUUGCUUGGGGUAGGAAUCCUCCCCCCAUCAAAUUGUUGAGGUAUAAAUAAUUCUUGGCAAAUGCACAGUUCAGUAAUUCUGCAGCUGGAGUAGAGCCACAUUGUAGGGUGCAAUUUGAGUUUUCUCUGAAGGGAUGCUCUGCUGUCUCUUACAGAUAUCAGUGACUUACAUUUUUACUGUAGCAGAAUUGUAGUUUGAAACAAGAACUGUCUUUUGUAGGUAAAAUCAGUCCAGCCGAAUACUCAUAGCUCAGCAACCAGCAUUGGGAAGUCAAUGGGGGCUGUACAAACAGUGUUCCUCAGGUGGAUUGUGCCACUCUAUUGCAGCAACAUGGCUAAGUACAUGCUGCCAUACCAAUAUUAAUUUGUUAAAUAGGAGGAUAGACGCUGGCUUUGGUUCCAGUUUCUCUUCCACCCGUCUCUCACUGUCUCCUGGAGCUCACCGAGUUGCCCCUGGCUCUUGGUGUUGUGGUGCAAAUGCAAGUCCCUGGUGUGAAAUGGCAGAGCUGGGAAGGAAUGAAUCUGAGCAGAGGUUCCCUGUGCUCUACAAGGAAAAUGUUAGUUCAGCUAAGCCUUUUUUACACUCUACUAAUUACUAUGGCAUUUGUAAACAUAUGCCUGACGGUGCUUUAUCUUUGUGAUGGCUUUGGCUCUAGUUCUGAAAAACAUUUUUUGCUAGAGCUGCCUAUGAUUAUUAUUUUUAUAGGUGCAGCGUACAAAAACAUGGACCCUCGUGGGCUUUUGGUGCACUCAGAUACAAGCAGUUACUAAUGCUUUGAAGUAUAAAUAAUCACCAUAUGUAUCUGAUGGUCUUUUUCUGCCUUUUUAUUUUAAUUUCCUUUACUUUAUGGCUGUUUUCUGGAGCACUUUUGUUUGAAUGUAUCACAGUGAAUAAAGAAAAGUUAUGGAAUUUCAA